AUGUCAUUGUAUAUUGGAAAACUAUCAAAUGAAACAAAUCGUAAAGAUCUAAAUGAUCUAUUUUCAAAAUAUGGUACAAUAACUAGAAAUGAUGUAAAGCAAGUAGGUGGCAAAUGCUUUGCUUUUAUCGAAUUUAAAGAAAGAAGAGAUGCUGACGACGCAAUGAAAGCUUUAAAUGAAUGGGCUAAAGGUGGUAAAGCUGUCGUAAAUAAUAAAUGUUUCACAUGUAACCAAGAAGGACAUUGGUCAAAAGAAUGUCCAAACAAGGGAAAGCGAUCCCGAAGUAGAACACCAUCACGCGAGAGAGAGAGGGAGAGAUCGAGAAGCAGGGGAAGACGUUCACCCAAACGGGACAAGCGAUACAGAUCCUCUUCACGCUCAAGAGACAGAGAAAGACGUAGAAGAAGCAGAAGAGACCGUUCAAGAGACCGUUCUAGAGACCGUUCCUACUCGAGGGAUCGUUCCAGAGAUAGAUCCAGAGAUCGUUCAAGAGACCGUUCUAGAGACCGUUCAAGAGACAGAAAAGAGGAUCGUUCCUGGUCACGCGACAGAUCCUACUCGAGAGAUCGUUCAAGAAACAGAUCAAGAGACAGAAAUAGAAGAGAUAGAAAUAGAUCAAGAGACAGAAAGCGAUAUAGAUCAUCGUCUAGAGAUCGUUCAAGGGAUCGAUCAAGAGAUAGAAAAGAUAGAAAAAAAAGAGAUAGAUCAAAAGAUAGAAAGGACAAGGAUAGAUCUAGAUCAAGAGAUAAAAAACGUUCAUCAGGCAGUAGAGAUUCCUCUCCAACAAAAUCAAAUGAACCAACAAAUGCAAAUAGUAGUUUAGAUCAUUCAAAUGAUAAUAAUCAUCAAAAUGGUUCAAAUGGUCAUGAAAAUGGAAAUGGAAAUGGAAAAUAA